CUCCUUUGGCCUUUCAUUUUACCUCUUUUCUAUCCAGCUAGCGUGAGGCGUAGAAUUGCUAUUAUGGCCACAGACGUUGAAGCAAAAUUGACAUACCUGGAAUGGCAACCCAGUUAUACUCAUACUCGUCCAUAUCGCAUCGGUCGGAUUACGGGACGAAGGAGGCCAAAAUGGCAACGCGACGACCAAACGACAAACCUAGUCUUUCGCGAGGCAGAUCAGACAGAGAUCAUCAGAGACGUGAGAGAAUUGGCCGACAAUCCUCCAUUCAGUCUAGAAAUCACUGGCUUUGCAUACAUACGAUGUCCCACACCGACUCUUACAAGAGCUCAUGAGUACUCAGAUCCCAACAACAUACAAAAUGUUUUCUUGCCGGAAUGCGAAGCCAUCCUGAGAGGGGCAGUUGAGGGAGCAGAGACUGUCAUGAUAUUCGACUGGAAAAUCAGGAAGAGAAAAAGCGCAAAGGAGCGACGGACGCGGAAUCCGAACUUGCAGGGGUUUGCCCGGCAGGUUCAUAUCGAUACCCUUCUUACUCGGGACAAGAAUGCUACUCCUAUCAUGGAACGCAUUCGAAAGCACCUCUCCGAAGAGUCACAAUACCUUCUUUCUGGGCGAAUUCAGUUGAUAAAUCUUUGGCGACCCAUCACCGGACCGGUCGAAGAUCAGCCUAUUGCAGUGUGUGACGGACGGAGCGUGGACUCCUCGAAACUGAUUGAGACCGACAUGACCCAAGGUGAAUAUACUGGCACUAUGCUCUACCCACAAUAUGAGCCGAAUGGGAGCUGUCAAUGGUACUAUAUGAGUAGCCAAGAGGCAGAAGAUGUACUCCUCUUCAAGGGUUUUGACACGAAUGAGGACAGCGUCAAAUAUACUCCUCAUACGUCAUUUGUUCCCCGGAGGAAUCCGAAGAUAGUCCCGCCUUCUCGGGUGAGUGUCGAAGUGAGAGCAUUGGUCUUUUCGCCCCCGAGCUGAAAGAAUACCUGGGCCUGGCUUUUUUCCCAGGCGGACAUCUCCGGCACAGCUGUGAGUUUAGCGCACCCUGGACGAGAGCGGCU